AUGUUUUGGUGUCAAGCGGAGCUGCUAGCCUAGCCGGGCCAGCUAGCAAUUUUGCAAGUCAUGGUGGGCCAUUCAGUGAGGAUCGGCUGGAGAAUGAUAUGUCGAGCAGUCUUGUGGAACUUUUAAUAAGCCAGGAAUUGAAUGUCAUUCCUAAGUGACAGUGGAUUACUGGGCAUGAAGGAAAAGUUGCAAAAUCUUCAUGCCUGCGCCCACGAGAAGUAGUUGUCCUGUCACGGGUGGGGUGAUGCCUGCGAAGUCCGCGUGUUCAUCUCCAGGCUGCUGACUUUCCAAGAAUGGGAAAGACAAUGUGCGGUGCCGGUCGACAUCACUUCCCAAGUCUCGGGAGGAUGGAGUGGAUGCAGUAGGCUAGCAAGUCCGGAUUUAGAGAUUUACAUAGUGCACGUAGGAAUGGGAAUAACCUUAUGAAGAACAAAGCUUUGAGCACAGACUGGACUCUGUCAGCAGCAGAAACUCAAAUCUGAGAGCUUGUACGUCUUUUGAACUUGCAGAACCCCCUGUCCUGUCACUGGCUUUAACCACUUUUCAUGUUCCUGUGUCUAUCCUCCAGUACCAGAGCAGAAAUAUCAAUCCAAAGUAUUAGGCCCCGUUUUUGUUUUUAUUUUUUACUUUCACCUUUUGUUCCUUUUGUAAAGAAAUGCUUUACCUGAAAAAGUACUUCACAGAGGGCCUGAUUCAGUUCACCAUCCUUCUGAGUCUCAUUGGGGUGCGGGUGGACGUUGACACCUAUCUAAGCAAUCAGCUGCCCCCACUGAGAGAGAUCAUCCUGGGGCCUAGCUCAGCCUACACCCAGACACAGUUUCACAACCUGCGCAACACGCUGGACGGUUAUGGCAUCCAUCCAAAGAGUGUGGACCUCGAUCGUUUCUUCACCGUUCAACGACUGCUGAACCAGGUGCGCCAGCUGGAUCGCUUCCGUGUGCCCAGUACCCAACUCAACACCUGGCUAGUGCACCGUGAUUCAGAGACUGUGGUGUCCGCCAGCAGCCAGUCCAGCCCCAGCAUCACCCUGGACAAUGGGGCCGGCUUAGAGGACAUUAACAACCCUGACGCUACCCCGGCCAUGAGGGGAGGAAGCGGAGCGCCUGAAUCCACAUACAACCUGAACGCAGCGGACGGCAGCCUGGGAGCUGUGGCCUCAGAGGGCAACCAGGAGCAGGGCAGCAGGGACGGCAAUGACGACCUCACCAAAGAGGACAUUGACUUGAUUGACAUCCUGUGGAGACAGGACAUCGACCUUGGUGCAGGAAGAGAAGUGUUCAGCUACAGCAACCGUCAGAAGGAAAGCGAGGAGGAGAAGCCUAAUCCACAGGAAAGCAAGGACAGGAAUGAGGAACAAGAGAGCUGGAGAAAUGGAGUAAACCUACAAGGCGCCCAGGCAGUAGAUGGGGAGACGGGAGAGAGUAUUCCUGAGCAGGCUGAGCAGCUCCAAAGUCUUGGCACACAGACGUCACUGUCUCUGCAAGAAUGCCUGAGACUGUUGGAGGCCACUUUUCCUUUUGGAGAAGAGUCAGAGUUUCCAGCCCCAGUCGUGACACCAGAAAUACCAGUUUCCAAUGAAGAAGCUCCUUCAACAUCUCAGGGCCUCCCGCUGGCACCACAGGUGCCACAAGCAGAGCCACAGUUAGAUCUGGAGCAACAGUGGCAAGACAUCAUGGCCAUCAUGGAGCUUCAAGCGAUGGAAGUGAACACGACUUCAGUCGACACCACCUCCAGCAGUGUCAGUGGCACAAGUGGGACAAAUGCGUCCAGCACUGCAGGAACCUUUGGACUAUCUCACCCCACCCCAAUAAACCAGGAUGUCAGCCUUCACCAGGCCUCCCUUCCCAGCUGCAGCCAAGACUUUCCCCAGGUUUUUAAUUCUCAGCUGGACUCUAUGAGCACUGCCCCAAGAGCCCAGAUGCUCAGGCUUUCCUCCAGCAACUCCACCAAUAUAAACUCCACAUUUGGAACCACUAACCUGACUGGGAUCUUCCUCCCGCCUCACAUAAACGGUUCAAGCAACAACAUUACAUCCACGCCUAUCCUGCCUGAUCCGUUCAGCACCUUGCUCGAGGAGUCCAUGCUGGACGAGAUCAGCUUGUUGGACCUUGCCAUGGAGGAGGGCUUCAGCCAAGCCCAAGCAUCCCAGCUCGAGGAUGAGCUUGACUCAGAUUCUGGCCUUUCCCUGGACUCCAGCCACAGCCCGGCCUCCCCAAGCAGCUCUGAGACAUCCUGCUCCUCUGCAGCUUCUUCCUCUUCAACGUCUGCCACCUUCUCAGAGGAGGGAGCUGUAGGAUACAGUACUGACUCAGAGGUAGCCACGGUGGAGACAGAGGAGGGUGCCGUUGGAGGUUAUCAGCCUGGGUACAGCAAACUGUGCCGUAUGAGCUACCAGGACCCCUCCCAGUUCCACAGCCUCCCUCAGCUUGACAGCAUCAGCCACAAUCAUACAUACAACCUGCCUCUUUCCUCUGCGUUCUCCGAGCACCCAGAGCUUCCCAUCUCCACUGGAAAAAAGACGAUCCGGGACAAACAGAACACAAAGUUUCAGCCCCCUCAAGACUUUCUCGACAAGCACUCGAGUCGCGAUGAACGCCGAGCCCGGGCCAUGAAAAUCCCCUUCUCCAACGAUAAGAUCAUCAACCUGCCAGUCGAAGAGUUCAACGAGCUUCUAGCCAAGCACCACCUGAGCGAAGCCCAGCUCGCCCUCAUCCGCGAUAUCCGCAGGCGUGGCAAAAACAAGUUGGCGGCCCAGAACUGCCGCAAGCGCAAACUGGACACCAUCAUCAACCUGGAGCAGGGCGUCCAAGACCUGCGGCGCGACAAGGCUCGGCUGCUCAAGGAGAAGAUGGAGUUCAUCCGCUCCAUCCGGCAGAUGAAGCAGAAGAUGCAAAGUCUUUACCAAGAGGUCUUCACUCAGCUACGGGAUGAGGAGGGCCGGCCCUAUCCUCCCAACGAGUACUCGCUGCAGUACAGCGCCGACGGCAGCGUGCUGAUCAUGCCCCGCAGCAUGACGAGUGCUGAGCAGAACCGCAAGCCCGAGAAAAAACAGAAAGACAAAAAGAAGUGAGGGGGACAAACUGCUAUUUAUUCUAUCACUUUGCUAAAUGAGCAAGAAAGAUUUCUGCAAAUGCAAGAGAGAAGUCCUUUUUUCCUUUAAGAAGAUUCAGGUGGGUAGAAAACGGCAUUGUUGACUACUCUUCCUGCAUUAGUUUCUCCCUUUUGAAUCUGUUCCGACAUUUUUCUUUCCUGGAAACAACUUUGAAGCUGAAGUAGCUCUUCGUUCGAGUACUUUAAUUAUUUAGACAGGGGAAAAUAAUAAGGUAGGAGAUGAGGGAUAUAAAAGGACACAAAAUGAGCUAUUAGAAAAAAAUUAGCUGCUCUCGACCUUUUUGCACCAAACCACUGAAGAUGGAGAAGAUUCGCUGGGUGGACUGGUAAUGAAAGAAGUGGGAGGAAAAGAACUCUGUCAACAAGGAUGACAUGGAAUAGCUAUGCACAGAAGGUUAAAAGGAAGUUACGUCUCACCCCCUGGAGAAUUUCAGUGAUUUCCAUAGUCGCUGUGGUGUUUAAGUUGCCGAUCUUCAGGCUAAGAAUGGCACCUCGGGUUGUGAGAGUCUAGAAACCAAAGGCUAAAAGGAAGCUCAUCAUAUAUAGGAUGCAUUUAACACCUAUACUAACUAAAGGCUGUAUGGUGCAUAUCACUUGAUUGGAAUACAUAUGAAAUCCUCCAGCACUGCACUCUUAACUCUGUAGGAUUGUAUUUCAAAUUCAAAUGGUCGACUCAGUUUGUUAGUUGCACCUAUGUUCAGAAAUCCGAUUAGAUUGGGUCGGGUGUAAAAGAACGUUGGAGCAAGAAAGAGUCCGAGUCCGAGUGUUCCCGGGCUGGCCAGGGCUAGAAGAGGCCUUGAGGUGAAGUCCUGCAAGCAGAGGAGCUGGAUGUUUUAGAGAGGAGGCACACUGCAUUGCAAAAUGUAUUAACUUUCUUAUAUAAAUUAUUCAUAGCACUGUAAUUUGUCUUUAAAAGGCUUGGCUAUAUGCAUUUUGCUGUCUGUCGCUGUUCCUUCGCUGCAGGUUUAAAUAUGGGAGCUGUGUUUAGGAAGACUCUUAAGUGUCCAUAAUCUGUAGUAUAAGCAAGGUUAUAGCUCUAGCCACAUCAGCUUUACAUGAAAAUCUACAUCCUCUGUUGAUUUGAAACUGUAUCAUGGGAGGAGUUUAGGAUACUGUGAUGGGCCAGGAGCUCCAGAGCGCACUGUAAGACUACCACCAACUCCAGGCUGUCGCAGAUCGAAGCUAAUGGAUUAUUUUGUUUGUUUCUUCUUUCCACUUGGAUGCACUGUUUUAAGCAUUACGUUAAAGCUGCCAGACGCUGUGCUGCAGCUGAACCCCUUAAGUAACUUACUUGCCAGUGUUAUCCAACGGACAGCCACAAGGCGUCUUUUUUAACUGCUGUAAAGCCGUGAUGUUUGACUUCACAAAUAGAGUCCUAUGUUAAGUUUUUGUCAAUAAUGUGAGCCAUGAUGCGAAGGAUUGUUUGAAAGCCUGACCUGACAAAGUGUGUUUGCCACUUUGAUUUGCCUUUAUUUACAAUCUUCACUUUAAAGGUUUUGAGAGCUGAAGAAAAAUGUUCUCAAAGUAGAAGUGCUAUUACUCGUCUGUUUGGAUGAAGUUUGUCAGUGUAUCACUCUGUUUUAAUUCAAAAGAAAUAAAUAAAGCAGUCGUUGCAGCUGAGGUAGCGGGUAGAUUAGAAUAUUUACAAGAGGCUGAACCGAACUCGCAACAUUACGAUGAUGUCCAAAAAAUGUUUUUGAAAGGAGAAAUAUGCUCAUUAAAUGUGAUAUUCAGGCAUGAAACUGGUUAACGUUCACUUCAGUGUAACCCAAUGCGACACAAACUAUUUGCUACUACUUAGUGCACUUUUUUGUCUGUCUUGUUAUGUAAAUAUUUUCAUGUGCGUUUUUGUCCUGAUUUAUGUAUUUGUCAAAUGUCUCCAUAACAGUCUCACCCUCUACUGAGUUUGGAUGUAGUUCCCUAUUUUGAGAUCUUUGCUGGCAAUCAAGAAUUGUUUUUAUUGAUUAAUAAAGUGUUUUUAUUUUCACCGGUGA